AUGGCUGAUUCCACCCACUCGGGGGAUUGGGACCACGUCUCUCUGUUCCAACGUGCCGUCACUUUGCUCCUCGCGCCCGUCCACCUCCUGACCUCACGCGUCGCAGUCAAAGCCUACCUCAGUACCCUUCUGCUCCUGACUACGUCGACCAUUCUCAUCGCCGUCUCAUCCACCGCCUACGGGCUCUUCUACUACAACUACAUCCCGCAGAUCAACCUCGAACGCGUCGUCUACUUGCAAUAUGUUCCUGGUGCGCAUCCUUACGCAACCACAGCCUUGGACGCAUCCGCUUUGGUGUCGCAGCAAGCAUACGAUGUGGAAUUGAUUGUGAACAUGCCCAGAACACCUACAAACCUAGAGGCCGGGAACUUCAUGUUGGACUUGUCACUGCUUGGGCCGGGGAUCAACGCGAAGAAGCUUCCGGACACUGUCACAGCCUGGCUGGCCAACCUCACCUCGGAGAAUGUCUUAUAUCACUCCCGCCGGCCGGCCAUCCUCCCGUACUCGUCUCCUAUUCUGUCAAUAAGCCACAUGUUCUUACAUUUGCCAUGGCACUUGCUGAAUAUACGUGAUCUCGACUCCUCUCGCUUGGUCGUGCCCAUGUUCGAAAUGCUGUCUUUUCCCCGAGGAUCACGGUAUAUCCCGACGCACGCGAGACUGGAGCUUCAAUCUAGCACCACGCUGCAGGUCUACGACGUUAAACUCGCCUUUCGGGCCAAGUUCCAGGGCCUGCGGUAUCUGGUCUACAACUACCGCGUCACCGCGUUCGUUGUUUUCACAGCUACAUUCUACACGCUCAGUGUCGCCACUAUGGCUUUCGUCUGGGCGGUGGUAUCCGCGUUCAUAUCAUCCAGCAGAGAGCCAGCAAAGAUCAAGCAGAUAGGUGACGAUCAAAAUGGCCAGCUCAAGCCAGAACCAGAGUCCGCAUCGGCUGCCAAAGUCAAGAUGGAGGACGACCCCGACUCCUUUGCACACGGAUUAUCCUUGUCGAAUAUCUCGGAAACUGUAACACAAUUUCCUACCCUUAGAGGACAGACUUCCCGGAGCUUUGUCGAAGGGAGCCCUGUCGUGGAUCGCAAAGAUGACAGGGACGAGGAUGAUGGUCUGACACGACCGAUUGGCGCAGGGGAGGCUGCCGAUGACGAAGAGGACGGUCGAGAAUCUGAAGAAAUACGCGGAAGACCAUUCGAGGGGGACUCUGGCAUCGGUACAAGUAUGGAGAGCGAGCACACCUCGGGAGCUCUCUUUAGAAGGCGCAGCUCGAGGAACAUUUCGCACAAGUGA